AUUUCAGGUACACUAAACUGCGGCAACGCCUAGGUCGCCCUCUGCUGACGUAAUCAGCCCCGUUACUAUAAUGCCACUGGUUCGCAAACAUCUCGACUCCUGGACAGGGUGCGCAACCACACUCAAUCGCACAAUACAGGUGCAGAAGAGGCAAAGUGCUUGUCUAGCUUGGCGUUCCGACUUUGGCAAUUGUUUGAUUAAUACGGCCUGAUGAUCGGUGCAAAAGUGUGCCAUUGCUGUACUAUUUUCGAAACUCGUAGAUAACGAUUGCCAAGAGCGAGUUUCCGAUACUUUUCAUUGUCGCAUUUUCUGACGAGGCUGUCAAAAGUAAUACUGCUAAAACCCAAGCUAGUGAGCUCGCUCUUCCUCUGCAUAACGCUGUAUUAUUUUACACUGGUUGGCAAGGCCUUCGGAAAGGUAAAGACGUUCGCCGAAUAUCGCUCGAAACGGCAGCAGCAGCUUACAAACGCAAGUUCAAUGUCCCAGUAGUAUAAUUCUCUUGCCUCUUUGCCCGUGCGAAUGCACACAAAGUUGAAGAGUCGAGAGGGAGAGAGAGAGGGAGAGUCGAGUGUGAUGUGGCGGCAGCAGCAGCGCUCUAUGACUCUUUUUCUCUUUUUUUGCAAAAAUGAAACGGGAACGCCGUGUGCGACUUCGGUCGCGUCUUUCGGGGCGCCACCGGAGCAGUGCAGUCUGAGAAUCGGUGCGCGCACGUGCUCUCCGAUACGCUACAUCCCCGAUCUCGGCUGAUCUCUCUACGCCACUCGCUUCGUUGGCCGAUCUCCGUGAUGAUGAUGGCAAGGCGCGCCAGCAGCAGUCGAAGCAGCGCAUAGCCGCCAAAAAAUCCAAUCGGCCACUACACUGACCAUCAUCGUUUGAGAACGGACAGCUAGCAGUAUACGCAGUCGACGAAGAAGCUCCCGCGAGAACGGACGCAUCGGACUGUUUUUGUCGCUUUUUUUCCAUUUUAAGCUUCAUUGUCAAAGGCUUCUCUAUUACGUGAUAUCGAUAAAUCGUAACACGAUGUCGAACGUGGACAACGAUCUGGAAGAGGUGAUGUCUCACCUCGGUGAAUUUGGACGAUAUCAAGGCUGGCAAUUCGGUCUGCACGUGAUCGGCGCGUUGACCGCUGGUCUACAUAUGCUCACAUUGGUGACCGUCGCCGCUGUACCGGAUCAUCAGUGCGAGAUACCGGAAGAAUUUUCGAACUCAACCUUGACGGUCGAUAGCUGCUCGUUCACCGACUUGAAUAACGUAUCGCAUAGCUGCGAUAAGUGGUCCUACGACCCUACUUACUUUCCAAGUUCGAGAGCCAUCGAGUGGAACAUGGUGUGUACUCGAAGAUGGAUGGGUGCCAUUGCACAAUCAGCAUACAUGUUCGGCGUGUUCGCUGGAGCGGUGACUCUGGGCAGCAUGGCCGAUAAAUACGGCCGCAAGAUCAUCUUCUACGUGUCGUCGGUGGCGCAGCUGAUCCUCGGAGUUUCGGUAGCCUUUAUCCCGGAGUACUACACUUUCCUGAUCGUCAGAUUCUUGUACGGAAUAUUCGGCUCGGCUGGUGCCUACAUAACUGGUUUCGUUCUGACUAUGGAGCUGGUCGGCGCGUCCCGACGAACCGUCUGCGGAUUGAUGUUCCAGCUGGCCUUUGCCGUUGGUUUCAUGCUGGUAGCCGCGUGGGGCUCGGUGAUUCACGAUCGCUUCUGGCUACAAAUCGUCUACGGACUGCACAGUGCUGCUCUGCUCGGUCACUGGUGGCUCAUGGACGAAUCGCCGAGGUGGCUGUGGGCACAAGGUCGAGUAGGCGAAGCCCUGGUAAUCGUGCAGAAAGCACUGAAGAUGAACCGCAGCAAAGUGCGUCUCGAGGUAGAGAAGUACACCACCAAAGUCAAGACGAUUACAUCCGAGGAGGACGAAGCCUCUCACGACGCGACGGAUCUGCUGAAGACGCCGAACUUGCGUAUGAAAACGCUGAACGUGUGCCUUAACUGGUUCGCCAACUCAAUCGUCUACUACGGGCUGUCAUUGAACACCGGUAAUCUCGUGGGCAACCCGUACCUUAUGAUGUUCCUGAGCGGUCUGGUCGAGGUACCAAGCUACAUCUUCGUGUGCGUCGUGAUGGAUCGCACUGGUAGGCGCAGUCUCAUCAGUACCCUCAUGCUCAUCGGCGGUAUCUGUUGCAUCGGCGCGACGGCUCUUCCCAAGGACGUUGCCGGUGGCGCUACCACCAUCGUCUCUAUCGUUCUCUUUGGCAAAGCCUGCAUCGCCGGAUCUUUCGCCAUCAUCUACAAUUACACUGCCGAACUAUUCCCGACCGUUCUGCGGAACACCGCGCUCGGCGUGGGUUCCAUGUGCGCUCGUCUAAGUGGCGCCCUCACCCCGAUGAUCAUGCUGUUGGACUCCUUCAAUCCCAAGGUGCCUGCCACAGUCUUCGGUUUUAUAGCGCUGCUGGCUGGUUUCUUAGCGCUGUACCUGCCUGAAACGCUAAAUCAGCCCAUGCCCGAGACGCUCGAGGAUGGCGAAAACUUCGGCAAAGGCGACACUGCCUUUGCGUCGUGCUUCAACCGUAGAGUCAGGGAUAAGAGACCUUACGAAGUGGCUAUGCAGAAGGUCGGCGACGACAAAGGAUUUCAAAAGUGUUGACAAACUGCCUUCUCUGUACACGCCUGUAAGAAGAGAUCUUGCUGGGCAUGAUGACGUUAGAAAGGAUCAAGCUCGACGGGCGUACAUACACUUUGUAGAUGUACAUACCUGUGUUACGUGUCACUUGUCUGAUAUAAUUAUACUUGUUUUCUAACCGAGCGACCUAGGCAAAAUAAAUAAUGCAACGGACGUCGGUUAAAGAACUUAAUUGUAAGUUAGCGACGAUUAAAUUGCGUGCUCGCGAGUUGUAUUCGUGUAUUUUCCGCACAGCACGGCACCGCGCGUGCACCACGGUGCCAGGGAAAAAGUGUUGCUGUUGCCAGUUGAUCAAUGAUCGCUGAUUACUGGAGAGCGCGCGCCAGUCUACGUACGCGUAACGGAUAUAAAUCAAAAUAAUGAUUGAAAGGCUAUGAUAGUCGCUCUAAUGGAUUACUCUAGAUGACUCAGCGCGCGCUGCUCUUUGCUCCUCGGAACCGUCGUGUGCACGCUCAUCUUCUUUUUUCCUUUACCGCGCGAAGGUGGCCGCUGUUGCAAUGUAAAGGAAAUUAAUUAAACUUUUUAUUUGCACGCGCCGAGGACCUGUAGAACGCGAAAGUUACGAUUGCCGAUGGGAAUGUGUUUUUGCUGUGGCGCAUCUUCCGUUCGAUUUCGCACGUAAUUUUAAUAAUAUUUAAUCGAAAGGAGAUGUGCGUAUUCGCAAACGUUGCGAGAGCCGAACAAUUUUGAAGUGUCCAAAAAUAAGUUCGGUCCGUUGUAUGCGUAUGGUCAACGAUGUGUUAUUUUCAGCGAGAACUGUCUCUCUCUCUCUCUCCGAGAGUUCUCUGCUCAGAUUGUGCGUGGAAAAUUAUGUAAGCACUCUAGGUCAUUCAUUUUCAGAUACACUUAUAAGGAUAAUUAGAUUAGAAAAAUGCCAAUCUUUUACACAGAUUCUCUCAUCUCUACGAGUCAAACCAAUUGAAAGUCGUAUCACUGUGCCUCUAUACACAGUAUACCUUUUUUAAUAAUGCAGAGUGCUAAAUUAUGAAAGUUUUCCUAUCGAUAUAGUAAAAGAUAAAAGUGCUCCUCUUAUUGUGAAAGUUUAAUACAUAAAUGUGCACUGUGGAUAGCAAAAGAAGGAUUCAAGGAAUAGCUGUUGAAGCAAUUUUUAGAUACGUAUUAUAGAAAAAAUUAUUUUUAUAAAAGUAUUUUGAAUAAAAGUA